AUGACCUCGAUUGUGGAGGACGAGGACGAUCGAGACCUCGCAGGCUCCCAAGAUGGAAGCUCGGAUAACGACAUGGAUGACACUCUCAGAGAUGCGGACGACGCCGGGGCCGACAAUGAUCAGGAUAUGGAUGCGGACGGCGACGCAGACGGCGACGCGGACGAUCAGGAUGCAGACAAUGCGGACAGCCCGUCGAAUGCCAGCCACGCAUCUGAAAGCGCUGGGGUAGCAACGCAGCAAAACCAGGACACCACAAUGACCCCUCCGGUCCCAGAUAAUACCGCAUCCGACCUCAACUCCGUUUUCCAUCCCACCGUGCGUCCCGAGUGCCUCACGGCUUCCAGCUACGAUAUAGUUCCUACGACGGCAGCGCCGCACAGUACAUCGAUUAACGCGAUAACAGCGACGGCGGAUAUGCGCUGGGUAUUUAGCGGUGGCUCCGAUGGAUACGUGCGGAAAUUCAACUGGGUGGAUUCUAUCAACAGCAAGCUCAUGUUGACUGUUGCGCAAAGGCAUCCGUUUGUGGACAGCGUUAUUAAAGCGGGUGUUCUGAUGGGCUAUUGGGAGAACAUGGAUGGCAACUCUUUAUCACCAGUGUACUCAUUGGCCAGCCAAAGCGAAGGGCUUUGGCUGUUAUCUGGCCUGGAAUCUGGCAGCAUCCGGUUGCAAUCAAUCCGACACGAUGAGGGCAAGGAGAUUGCCCUGUUACAGCAGCAUACUUCUGCAGUCUCAGUGCUGGCUUUAACGUCGGACGAAAAAUCAUUACUUUCCGGGAGCUGGGAUAAGCGGAUAUUUGAUUGGGACCUCAAUACAGGACAGACCAGGCGCGUCUUUGGGUCCAGCGCCGGACAGAUCUCAGCAAUCCAACUACGACCCGAGUCUACCCUGCCCAUUCCCAGAGACACAUCUGAGUUCCAACAACCCAACGGGACUUAUUCCUCCAACAAUCAGACAAGCAACAGCUUCAGCUUUAUGGACACAUCAAACGACCAGGGUGACAAUGGUGGCACGAACCCGCAGGCGGGUUCACCGACAGACUCGCUCUUUGGGGGAGCCGACUCCUUAUUCGGCGACGCAGAUGGGACGGCAGCCGAUGGGCUGGGCUCAUCAACAAACGCAUUCGGCAUAGAUGAUGACGAUGAGUUUGGGAAAGCUCUCGCCAACGGUGUCGUCCCUGACGCCGAUGCUCCAGGAGAGCCAGACACAAUGCAACAAGACGGUCUUUUCGACACCACCUUUCACUCCAAUGAUACAUCCGGAAUGGACUUUAACCCCUCUAUACCCGCUCAACCGUCAGAUCCUCAUACAACAGAAACAUCGAACAACCAAUCUCAACCAUUAGUCAACGGCCUUCCUCACGCCGAAGAAUUAGAACCAUCCACACAAGGCCAAGAAAACACACACUCAACGCCAUUCGAGGCGACUAACGUCAACGACAAUACUUUUCUCGCUGCAUCAAUAGACGGCACCAUCCGAGUAUGGGACCGACGACAACCAUCCGCCAUCGCCCGCAUCACACCCCGCAAUUCCCCUCCCUGGUGUAUGAACGCCUGCUGGUCUCCAGACGGAAACUACAUCUAUGCCGGCCGCCGCAACGGCACGGUCGAAGAAUACAGUCUCCACAAGGGCCUCCGGGAGCCAGAACGAACGUUCAAGUUCCCGCAGGGAAGUGGCCCGGUCACCGCUCUCAAGGCAAUGCCUAAUGGCCGGCAUCUUCUCUGCGCAUCCCACGAUAUCCUCCGUCUCUACGAUCUGAAACACGAACAAGCAACCCGCCACUCCACCGUCCCCUUCCUCAUUAUCCCCGGUCACCGCACCGGAACAGUCUCGCAGUUGUAUGUCGACCCGGCGUGCCGGUUCCUUGUCUCAACGAGCGGCAAUAGAGGAUGGGAAGGCAGCACGACCGAAGUGCUAUUGGGAUACGAGAUUGGCGUGCCAGUUGCGCGGUAG